UCGUUCGCUGCCCGAUACCGAAGAUUUCAAUUAUGAACAACAUCUACACCGCAUGUUGGCAGCACAACCGCAAAGGCAUUGGCCAGUCAAACGUGAAGCUAUAGUCGAAGGCGAUGUGAUACUUGGCGGUCUAAUGAUGGUGCACUCACGCGAGGACACCAUUAUGUGCGGACCCAUAAUGCCCCAGGGUGGCAUACAGGCAUUGGAGGCAAUGCUUUAUACCAUCGAUCGUAUAAAUGAGGCAAGCUUGUUGCCGAAUAUAACCUUAGGCGCGCACAUUUUGGACGAUUGUGACAAGGACUCGUAUGGACUGGAGAUGGCGGUGGACUUUAUAAAAGGAUCCAUUAGCAACAUUGACGAUGCGGAAUAUCAUUGCAACAAAACGCAAGUACGGAAAGUUAUAUCGGGGGUGGUGGGAGCUGCCUCAUCGGUCACGUCCAUACAAGUGGCGAAUUUGUUGCGUCUUUUUCGAAUACCACAGGUUUCGUUCUUCUCCACUAGUCCCGAGCUAAGCAACAAACAACGCUUCGAGUAUUUUUCACGCACCAUACCCUCAGACCACUAUCAAGUCAAGGCAAUGGUAGAGAUUGUGAAGCGCAUGGGCUGGAGUUAUGUCUCCAUCAUUUACGAGGAGAGCAACUAUGGCAUUAAGGCUUUCGAGGAGCUGGAAGAGCUAUUGGCACGACAUAACAUUUGCAUAGCUGUUAAGGAGAAACUUGUCAAGGACUCUGGUGUUGCUGAAGAGAUCGCCUAUGACAAUAUCGUUCAAAAGUUGCUAACAAAGCCACGUGCACGAGGCGCCAUUAUAUUCGGUUCAGAUCAGGAAGUGCGUGAGGUGAUGCGUGCUGUGCGACGCAAUAAUGCGACUGGCGCUUUUUCAUGGAUCGGUUCGGAUGGUUGGAGUGCGCGCAAUCUGGUCUCUGACGGCAAUGAACCGGAGGUUGAGGGCACCUUGUCCGUGCAGCCGCAAGCAAAUCCUGUAAAAGGGUUCGAAGAAUACUUUCUCAACUUGACUGUGGAGAACAACCAACGCAAUCCGUGGUUUGUCGAAUUCUGGGAAGACCACUUCCAAUGUCGUUAUCCGGGUAGCUUAAGCACACCUUACAAUAACUACAAUCGCACAUGCACCACCAAGGAGCGAUUGUCGAAAGAUACGGACUUUGAGGACCAAUUGCAGUUUGUAAGCGAUGCAGUAAUGGCAUUUGCAUAUGCAUUACGUGAUAUGCAUCGUGAUCUGUGUGGCGGUCAACCUUCGCUUUGUGAUGCCAUGAAACCAACAAAAGGCGCUGAUUUACUUAAAUACUUGCGCAAAGUGGAAUUUCAGGGACUCAGCGGGGAUCAUUUUCGCUUCGACGCCAAUGGUGACGGUCCUGCACGCUACAACAUUAUUCAUUUCAAACAAUCGGCGGCGGGCUUAUACCAUUGGAUAAAAGUGGGUGAAUACUAUGAAGGCGAGCUGCGUCUGAAUAUGACAGAAGUACAAUUUAAACUGUUGCAUCCAAAGCCACCUGAAUCUGUCUGCAGCUUACCCUGCGAGCGUGGUCAGGCCAAGAAGUAUGUGGAGGGUGAAAGCUGCUGUUGGCAUUGCUUCAAUUGUUCAACCUAUCAAAUACGGCACCCCAUCGAUGAAACUCAGUGCCUAACCUGCAAGUUGGGCACUUUGCCCGAUGCAACCAAAAAAUUCUGCCAAGCCAUACCAGAAGUUUACUUGCGACCCGAAUCCGCUUGGGCAAUCGGUGCGAUGGCAUUCAGUGCCACCGGCAUUUUGGUAACACUCUUUGUUGUUGGUGUUUUUGUGCGCCACAAUGAUACACCUAUCGUACGUGCCUCUGGCCGAGAACUCAGCUACAUUUUACUCGCUGGAAUAUUAAUGUGCUACGCCGUCACUUUUGCUUUGGUUCUAAAGCCAACAAAUAUAGUUUGCGCCAUACAACGCUUCAGCGUUGGCUUCUGCUUCACGGUCGUAUAUGCAGCACUGCUCACCAAAACAAAUCGCAUAGCUCGUAUCUUCAAAGCAGGCAAACAAUCAGCAAAACGACCAUCGUUUAUAAGUCCCAAGUCGCAGUUGGUUAUUUGCUCGUUCCUUAUCUUCAUACAAAUUCUCAUUAAUGGCGUUUGGAUGGUAAUUGCACCGUCGCAUGCGAUGUACCAUCAUCCGACACGCGAGGAUAAUAUGCUCGUUUGCGAUUCUUACAUCGAUGCUUCCUACAUGAUUGCAUUCUUCUAUCCCAUUCUUCUGAUUGUAGUUUGCACAGUUUAUGCGGUGCUGACGCGAAAAAUCCCUGAAGCAUUUAACGAAUCCAAGCAUAUCGGAUUCACUAUGUACACGACCUGCGUCAUCUGGCUGGCAUUUGUGCCACUUUAUUUCGGCACAGCCAAUCACGUGCCGUUGAGGAUAACUUCAAUGUCGGUGACGAUUAGCUUGUCGGCGAGUGUCACCGUUGCGUGUCUGUUCUCGCCGAAGCUCUAUAUAAUACUCAUACGACCCGAACGCAACGUGCGACAGAGCAUGAUGCCGCCACGCUAUGGCAACAUGCAUCGCACGGCUGGCACGGGCCCGUCUUCCAUGAUGGCUGCAGCUGUGGUGACAGCUGCCACCUGUGCGCAAGAAGAGAAGAUACAAAAGCAUAUCACACCAACGAAUACAGAGCAUAGCACUAAAUCGAAACAGCUCUGCGAGAUGGCAACGCAGACCAUCACAAUAACGAACAUAUUCGCUAAUUUAGAUAGCAUCGCUUACAGUCAGAUCCCUUUUGCGGAUCAGUGUGUGCCAAAUAGCAAUAAUCAUCCACAACACCAACAACAGUCUAUACCCCAUCCGCUAGCCAGCGCAAGCGAAGCUGAGGUGGUGGCUAACAACAACAAAAUUAAUCAGCAGCAACAUGGCAACCCUUGUACGCUGCAUGCGACUUAUGUGACUGCAGUAGCUGAUUCAGCAACAAUACCUGUGACAACGACGACCACAAAAACAUCACCACCGCCAUUGCAUGUGCUCAGCAACCAUGUAAUGCUGCAGCAACAUGUUGCGCAACACAAUUGCUGUGGCGACGAAAGCACCACUGACAGCAGCCAUAUGCUGUCAGACAGCGAGCACGGCAAACCACAGCCAGCCACCACAAAUUUAUAGCUAAGCGAGCACCAAAUCA